UUGCGUCCGCCGGUCCGAUCGGAUCUAAACCAAAUAAAUACGAAUGGUUAUUAAUUCAAAAUUUAUAUAUUUUUUUAUAUAUAUAUAUAUCUUUUGAUACAAUAAUAAAUAUAUACAGAAAAAAAAUAACGAAAUUGUUAUUUUAAAUGAUAUUAUUUAUAGAUGAAAAUUAAUAAAGUUCAUAUAAAUUUUAUUUUAGAAAAAUCAUUCAAUUACAACAGAAUUAAUUAUUACAUCAAGUUCAAAUUAUUUUUAAAACACAAGUGAUUAUAUAUAUCUAUAGAAAAUAAAAAUAAAGAAAAUUGCAAGUAAUUUUGUUUUUUUUUUCAAAGUAAAAUUGAGAGUUAAAAUGAUGAAAAAAAUUUUAGUGAUAAUUUAACAAGUAAUACUUGAGAUUUAAAUUUUUUUUCUUUCCCGCGUAUAUAUUAAAAGUGUAAAUUUUUUUGAAUAAAAAAAAAACAAGUGCCUAAGAAUAGUCAUCAUUUAAUUUAACUACUGAAAUACAAAAAUUAUUUCGUCAAAUAAAUAAAAAAAAAAAUCAAGUGUUUCAGAUUUCGAAAUUUUUUUGCAAUAAAAUUUAUAAGAAAACAGAAAUAAAAAUAUAACGUCAUAGUGAAUCAAGUUUGUGUCGAAAUUUCAAGCAAUGGAUACGGAAUUUUUUUUUUUUUUUUAAUCUUUCAAAGGAUUGACGUAAAAUACAUUGGAUAUGGAGUCAUUGAUACAAGAAAUUGAGUGACUCAUUUACUUUGAAAGAAAAAAAGAAAAAAAAAAUUAAUUAAUUAACAAAAAACAAGUUAUUUAUUUUCGUUGUAAAGUUGAAUAAUUUUUUUUUUUUUUUCCAAAUACAUCGUUGCAAAUCAAGUGAAUUGAUUAUAAUUAUUUUAUUUUUUUUUUUUCUGAUCAUUAUAACAUUGGUUUGUAUGUGCAUGACCAAUUGUUUUAGUUUCACUUUGAUUUCUGACCACCACAAGAUAAUUUUCAUCUAUAAUAAAACUCUUAUUAUACUCAGUAAAAUUGACGACUGAGUAAAUGAUAAGGAGGAUACAACAGGGGCGUAUAUAAUUACAAAGCUUGGGCAUGUAUAAAAUCGUCGAUUUCUCGCUGCGUUCUGUUGCUCCUGGCAAUGGAUAGCAAGUUUACAUUUCAGUUGCUCCUGAAUUAAAUACAUAUAAAAUUGAUCACAGUGUAUUGUAUACAAGGUUACUUCCGCAGGCGUAAAUUUUUAAAAUUGACAAACCACAUCAGAUUCUUUGGGGCGUGAAGUAUACACUCGAGAAAACAAAAUUGGUCACAGAGUUUCCAGAUGAUUUGAGUCUUCCUUGAGCCGUAACAAGACAUUAUACUAAAACUAUUUAUUUCAAUUAAAAAAAGUGACAGUGACUAUUAUUAUUUUUGUGUCUACAAAACUCAAUGACAUAAUUCAAAGAAAGUGAAUAUAUAUUUCUUAACCAGUUAUUAAUCAACAAACUGCACUUUCGACAAUCAUACUGGUUUUUCCAUCCUUGGUCACCUGUAAAUUCAACAAAUAUGAUUCAACGUGACAUACCACUUUAAACUGAUAAAAUUAAAAAAUAUAUAUAAGAAUAUAUAUUUUUUUUUUUUAUAAUCAAAUGAAACGUAAAAAAGUGAUAAGCUGUGAUGAAUUAAUUUUGAAUUUGAUAAAUUAAUUAAAUAUAUUAUUGUAGUUGUUCUUAUUAAUAUUAAUAAUAUACAAUUUAUAAGAAAAAAAAAGAAAAUGUCAUCAAAUGGUGAAUUUUCAACAAUGUCAAGUGGUGAAGUGGCAUCAUUGCCAAAAUCACUACCAAGUUCACGUGAAGCAACUGCUGAGGGUAAUUCAAAUUCAAGUGGUAAUUUUAUGCCAUUAGAUGAAUUUCUUGAUCGUUUUUCAUUGCCAAGAGUUGUGAGACUUGAAGAUACUGGUGGUCGUCCAGUAUUAUUAUACAAACAACAACAAAGAUCAUUACGUGUCACUGCCACCCUGUUGAUACAUCGUUACCGUCAUGAUGUCAAGAUCGGACCGGAAAUAGUCAUUCCCGAGGGAUAUCCGGGAUGGUUUUCUGUGGUGUCAGGAAAUAAUUCAAUGGGUAGUGCUCGAGUUUAUAGACGUGUUGAGAAUUUGGUACGAGCUGGUGUACCAGCAUUUCUUCUUGCAGCACCAUUGCGUGCAUAUACUCUCACGCACACAAAAAUGGAUGAUGGUAAUCUCAGAGCACAUUAUACAAAAACAACUAUAAGAGCUGGUGAAGUAUUGCGAUUAGUAGCAGUAUUUCAAGACACCAGAAAAUACAGUUCAUUUGGAAUAACAGGUGGUACCUCAGAAAAGGAUCAAUAUGCACAAUGUUUAGAUUCUCAUGGUCGUGAAGUAUUUGCAGCCUUAUCAGGACGUGGUGAAUUUUAUGCAAUAUGUCAAAGCAAUAGUACAGAUACAGGAAGUGAUGCUGUACUCUACAGGGUGCAUCAUCUUGCCAAGCGAGCAUUGCCACUCAGGGUUCGACUGGUAGCAGGUCCACUACCAAUACCAUUACCAAGAGAAUACGGUGGUCUUAUGCAACUUGAAACAUCAACAAGAGGUUCAAUAGUACUUGGCUGUGUAUUACCAGAAAGACCAGUUAAUAAUCCAGAAAUGUUGGAACUUGUUGUAUCGGGAAUUGGUGCACCAAGAGUAAGAAGAGCAAGAUUAGGUUAUCCAUCAGAGGCACGACUUUUAACAUCACCAAAAAUGCAAAGAUUAUUAGCAGCAUGUAAUCGGGCUGUUGGUGAUCGUGCAACUGAACCAAGAGUUGCACCACAAAAAAUUAAUGUACCUCUAGUUAUAAAUUCACCAAUUGUUGAUGAAUCACGUGAAAUGCAUUUAAAAAAAAUUAAUAAUAAAACUAAAAAUGAAACAAAGCCAAUAUUACAAAGUUUACGUGAAGGUAUUGAACAAUUAAAAAAAACAACAGUAAGAGAACGUAGUCAGACACGUAAUCAAAAUUCAUCAAAUGGAUUUUUAGAACGUAUAACAAAAUUAACACAAGGAGGUGGACGAAGUAGAAAUCCAGCUAAAAAAUCAGCAUCAUUUACAUUUGCUAUUAAACCGGAAGUUGUUGUCAAGGCCAAGGAACGGUAUUCAAGUCUUGAACCGGAUGUUACAUCGCAAAAUCAUCAUCAAAAUUCAACAAAAUUACCAGUUCAAAGAUCAGUAUCAACAAGUGUUCUUGAAACACCAGUUAAGGUUGAAUUACAACCAAAUUAUGCUAGAGUUAGAGACAGUUUAACACCAUUACCAUCACCACCAUCAAAACAUACAUGUGUCGUUAAAACUGAUGAUAUUUAUUCAGAAAUAUGUGAGACUGAAGGGACCAAUAAAAAAACAAUAGUUAAUAAUAGUUGUCCUGGUAGUCAUGUUAUUGCAAGAAUUAAAAUUAUUGUUAAAAGUAAUGAAUCGUAUAUUGAAGAUAUAAGAGAAGAACGUUAUGCUAAUUCAAUUAUAUCAAAUCAACAAAUUGAUUCAAUUAUCAGCACUGAGGAUGAUGCCAUUUAUAACACAAUUUUCUGAUAUUUCGAAAAAUACUUGAAAUUAUCUAGACAAAUUUUUGUGUUUAUAAUUAUUUAGUCGUUUUUUUUAUUUCAAUUUUUUUUUUUUAUAAAAAAAAAAGUAUAUGAAAAAUUAAUAUAAGAGAGACUAAUUUCAUAGGUACUACCUGCCAUUGGAAAAAAAAC